AUGUUGGAUGCUAUAACUCGCUUGUUAAAACGGACUAGGUUCGAGUUGCAGCAGAUACCGUUUUAAAGACGGUGCAUUGCAGAGUACCAGGCGGGAUAGGACCGAGGAAGGAAAGGAAACGGUUCCAAUUGGAUCGAAACCUCGCCUUCAUUUUUGAUUCAGGAUGGGGAACAGAGAUGACGAGUAUGAUUACUUGUUCAAAGUGGUGUUGAUAGGAGACUCUGGUGUGGGGAAGAGUAACCUGUUGUCUCGUUUCACCCGGAAUGAGUUUAACCUGGAGAGUAAGAGCACCAUCGGGGUGGAGUUUGCCACCCGCAGUAUCCAGGUGGAUGGGAAGACCGUGAAGGCUCAGAUCUGGGACACAGCUGGCCAGGAGAGAUACCGGGCUAUUACAUCAGCGUAUUACCGUGGUGCCGUGGGUGCUCUUCUGGUCUAUGACAUCGCCAAGCACCUGACCUAUGAAAGCGUGGAACGUUGGCUGAAGGAGCUGAGAGACCAUGCUGACAGCAACAUCGUUAUUAUGUUGGUUGGCAACAAGAGUGACCUUCGCCACCUCAGGGCUGUGCCCACCGAUGGGGCACGGGCGUUUGCAGAGAAGAACGGUUUGUCUUUCCUGGAGACCUCAGCCCUGGACUCUACUAACGUGGAGACAUCCUUCCAGACCAUUCUGACUGAAAUCUAUCGCAUCGUGUCUCAGAAACAGAUGUCAGACCGGCAAGACAACAACAUGUCGCCUAGCAACAACGUGGUCAACAUCCAGGUGCAGCCGACGGAGAAUAAACCAAAGAUGCAAUGUUGUCAGAGCAUUUAACAGCAUCACCAGUACCACCUGCUUCCCCCUGACCCCCGACCCCAAACCCCCUUCUAAAAGACUGCUUUGGUCCUGUCUGUCUGAGACACAGCUGCGUGGCCAGGCUCUAGACUGACACACAGCUGCGUGGCCAGGCUCUAGACUGACACACAGCUGCGUGGCCAGGCUCUAGACCGACACACAGCUGCGUGGCCAGGCUCUAGACCGAGACACAGCUGCGUGGCCAGGCUCUAGACCGAGACACAGCUGCGUGGCCAGGCUCUAGGGUCUAUACUACAGAGUAGAGGCUGCCUCCAAAGUGUGCACUUACUUGUCUUGCACACUUCUUGUCAUGGAUUUAAAAGCAUUAGAUUGUAAUUAUUGGCUGAAGGGAGUUUCUUUCCACCGUUGUUAAGCCUAAAUCCAUGAUGGGAAGUGUGCAAGUGAACACUUUGAGAAAAGGGUGUAUAAUUAGGGUGCAGCUGUGUCUGAUCCCGUUGGUUCCUUAAGGAUCCCCAGUCAGGACUAUACAGCUGUCUGAUCCCGUUGGUUCCUUAAGGAUCCCCAGUCAGGACUAUACAGCUGUCUGAUCCCGUUGGUUCCUUAAGGAUCCCCAGUCAGGACUAUACAGCUGUCUGAUCCCGUUGGUUCCUUAAGGAUCCCCAGUCAGGACUAUACAGCUGUGUCUGAUCCCGUUGGUUCCUUCAGGAUCCCCAGUCAGGACUAUACAGCUGUGUCUGAUCCCGUUGGUUCCUUAAGGAUCCCCAGUCAGGACUAUACAGCUGUGUCUGAUCCCGUUGGUUCCUUAAG